AUGGAGAGCAGAUGGAGGAAGGCCAAGAUGUCGCUGGGGCUCAACCUCUGCGUCUACGUGCCGCGGACGCUGGACGACCUGGACGCCGGCCCGCCCUCCACGGGCUCCUCCACGGCCGCGCUCGUCUCGCCGGCGGCCUCCUCCUCCUCCUACGCCACCAGCGCCAACACCACCCCCACCGCCGACCCGCCCAACGGCAGCGCCAGGGGCCCCGGCGCGCUCAUGCCCACCACCCCGACGCCCACCUCCGCCGGCCUCCGCCUCUCCAAGUCCGGCAGCAAGUCCUUCAAGAAAACAUGUGCGAUAUGCUUGACCAUAAUGAAACCUGGUCAGGGCCAUGCUCUAUUCACGGCAGAGUGCUCACAUACCUUUCACUUCCAUUGUAUAUCUGCAAAUGUUAAGCAUGGAAGCAACAAUUGUCCAGUUUGUCGCACCGAAUGGAAGGAACUUCCAUUUCGUGGCCCGCUGGUUGCUGCAAUCCCUCAAGGAAGUGCAAGGAUUAAUCCUGUUAAUGGGCAGCAAAAUGGCGGCCACAUGACGCUAUUGCGACCACUCCCUCGUGCUCGUUCUUCUGGUCGCCUUCAUCAUGUAACUUGUUUGUUGCCUGACACAGACCGAAGUGUUUUCAAUGAUGAUGAACCCUUGGACUUGUGUGAAGCAACCGAUGACCAUCAGCAGGGAUGUUCAAGAACAGUAGAGAUAACGACACACCCUGAGUUCACUGAAAUACCAGAAAGUACUUCAGAAAGAAGCUUCACUGUUCUAAUUCAUCUAAAGGCACCCCUUGCUCAGAGUUUGCACGUACCUGGAGAUGACAGUAGCCCAAACACUGGUCGAGCCCCGGUUGAUCUUAUCACAGUGCUUGAUGUCAGUGGUAGCAUGGCUGGUACCAAACUUGCAUUGCUGAAGAGGGCCAUGGGGUUUGUCAUUCAGAACCUUGGCUCCUCAGACCGGCUUUCUGUCAUCGCCUUCUCAUCAUCUGCACGCAGGCUCUUCCCUCUUCGUCGGAUGACCGAAUCUGGUCGUAAGCAAAGCUUGCUAGCAGUCAAUUCUCUGACGUCAAAUGGUGGCACCAACAUUGCUGAGGGUCUGAGAAAAGGCUCCAAAGUGAUUGAAGAACGACAGGCCAAGAAUCCAGUCUGCAGCAUUAUCCUUUUAUCAGACGGGCAAGACACAUAUACAGUCUCACCAAGCACGGGUGCACACAAACCAUUUACAGUCUCACCAACUGCCUGUGCACAGAAAGCAUCAGCGGAGUACUGUGCGCUCUUGCCAUCUACUAAUGGCAGUCAGCAGGUACCAGUUCAUGUCUUCGGGUUCGGUGCUGACCAUGAUGCAGUUUCGCUCCAUUCGAUCUCUCAAACCUCUGGUGGGACCUUUUCAUUCAUCGAGACGGAGGCUACCAUCCAAGAUGCAUUCGCCCAAUGUAUUGGUGGACUCUUGAGUGUGGUCGCACAGGAUUUGCGUGUAAAGGUGGAGAGUGUGCACCCUGAUGUGCACUUUGGUUCCAUCAGAUCAGGUAGCUACUCCAGCAGAAUUGCAGAUGAUAAGAGGAAUGGGUCCAUUGAUGUUGGUGACCUGUAUGCUGAAGAGGAAAGGGAUUUUCUCAUGACUCUGAACGUUCCCCAAGGCUGUGGCGAAGAAACGGCACUUCUCAAAGUUGGUUGUGUCUACAAAGAUCCGCUGAUGAAGGAGACCAUCAACAUGGCUGAGGUGCAGGUGAAGAUCUCUAGGCCUGCGUUCGUGUCGGUGCAAACCGUGUCGAUCCAGGUGGACCGGCAGAAGAACCGUCUUCAUGCAGCAGAGGUGAUGGCCGCGGCAAGGUUCUCCGCGGAGCGUGGCGAGCUGGCACACGCGGUCUCGCUGCUCGAGGACUGCCGGAGAAUGAUCAUGGGGUCUGCGUCGGGGCAGUCCGGCGACCGGCUGUGCCAGUCGCUGGACGCGGAGCUGAAGGAGAUGCAGGAGAGGAUGGCGAGCCGGCAGAGGUACGAGGCGUCCGGGCGCGCCUACGUGCUGUCGGGCCUGAGCUCGCACUCGUGGCAGAGGGCGACCGCCCGCGGCGACUCCACGGACAGCGAGAGCCUGAUCCAGGCUUACCAGACGACGUCGAUGGUCGACAUGGUACUGCGCUCCCAGACACUGACCCGCUCGUCGACCCCGAAGCAAACCCCACAGAUGAGGCACGCCAAGUCGUUCCCGGCGCGCCCGCAGCCUAGUACUUUGGCAGUUCUCUUCUCCUGUGCUGAUGGAUGUUGGAGGCGUUGGUGGGCAGGUGAUGCUACUGAUUUCGCAUGCCUGUCGCGUAUGGAGAUGAGCUGGUAG